AUGGAUCGAAAUGAAGUACCACAAGUGGUGCUAAACUCAGGGAAGAAGAUGCCCAUGAUAGGAUUUGGGACUGGUACUGUUCCAUUGCCACCAUCUCAUGAACUGAUCCCUGCAUUCAUUGCUGCAAUUGAAGCUGGUUACAGACAUUUUGAUACCGCAGCAUACUAUGGCUCUGAGGGACCUCUUGGCGAAGCCAUAGCACUUGCACUUCAGAAAGGUCUUCUUAAGAGUAGGACUGACAUUUUUGUCACUUCCAAGCUCUGGUGUACUGAUGCUCAUCCUGGCCUUGUCCUACCCGCACUCAACAAAUCACUACAGAGGUUGGGCCUAGAGUAUGUGGAUCUGUACCUAAUCCAUUUUCCAGUGAGGUUGAGAAAAGGGGUGACAGGGACCAAGUUCAUGGAAGGGGACAUUCUUCCUUUGGACAUUAAAGGGACAUGGGAGGAUAUGGAACUGUGCUCCAAAUUGGGUUUAGCUAAGUCAAUUGGUGUUAGCAAUUUUGGUGUGAAGAAGCUCUCACAACUUCUAGAAAAUGCAACUAUUCCUCCUGCUCUUAACCAGGUGGAAAUGAAUGUAGCAUGGCGACAGGAUAAACUAAGGGAGUUCUGUAAGGAAAAAGGAAUACAUGUGGCUGCAUGGUCUCCUUUGGGAGCUAAUGGUGCUGUCUGGGGUUCACUUGCUGUCAUGGGCAGUCCAAUACUUAAGGACAUUGCCACCAACACACUCAACACUCUCCCACAAGUUGCUUUGAGAUGGAUAAUACAACAAGGUGCUAUUCCAAUAGUCAAGAGCUUCAACAAAGACAGAAUGAAGCAAAAUCUUCGAAUUUUUGAUUGGAAGCUGAGUGACAAUCAUUUGGAGAAGAUAAAGGAGAUACCACAGUUUAGGGGUUUCGGAGGGGAACGUUUUGUGGCUCAACAUGGACCUUACCAAACCUUGGACCAACUUUGGGAUUGA